UGGGGAGGCUCCGUUAUCACCGCCGCAGGGUUGAACCAGAGAGAGAAAGGGGGAUCUCUGUCAGUUCCUCCAUGGCUGCCUCGUCGUCUUCAUCUGAUUCUUCGUCUUCGUCUUCGUCUUUGUCUCAUCGAGAUCGUCGUCGCCGCCAUAGACACAAAGACGCUCUUAAGAUUCGUAAUAAAAGCCGCUCUCGAACGAAGCGCAGACAGAGGCAUCACUCAUCCGAUGGUUACUCUUCUUCUUCUUCUUCAUCUUCGGAAGGUUACAGUAGUAUAAGUUCUUCUGAGAGUGAGCAUGAGGCAUCCAAUCAUUCAAGGAAACACAAACAGAGUGACAAAACAAGAAAGACCAAAGAAAAGGACAGAAGCAAGAGCCAUCGGCACAAGCGCCAUAAGCAAAAAGUUAAAGAGAAGCAGCAGAAUGAGAGGAGCAGCAGCCCUGUGCAGCUGUCCAAGUUCUUAGGGCGUGACAAGGAAGAUGGUGUCCGCCGCAGUGCUAUAUCAGGCAAAAAGAUUCUGUUGAAGCUUGAGAAAUCAAAGGAGGACAAGCUGGCAGAGAACAACCGCAAUGAAUUGCUCAAGUUUUUGAAUGCUAGUUAUGAUUGAUCAAAAUAGGAUUGAAGAGGGAUUCUGGCUUCAACAGAAACUCUAUUUUAUUUUUGGACAUAAUGACCAAACGGCAUCUGAAGUUUUUAUUAUUCACCAUGUUAUUACGCUUACUUGUCAUGUUUGUGUAUGCAUUGACAAAUAAUCUAUAAGGGUUUAUUUUUAUAUCCUAGGGCUUUUGGUGAAGAUCUAAAUUGAAUACUACUUUGUUCUUCCUCGUG